CUUUCCAGAUAAUCAGAAAUGGUUAGAACAGAUAAAAUAUAUUUAUAAUAUGCUGUGGUUAACUUACAAAGAUCUUAAGAUAUAUUUUUUCCAAAAAAAGAUCCACAAUGGAAUAGAGUAAUUAUGUAGAAUUGUUUAAUAGAAAUUAUGUAGAAUUGUUUAAUAGCAGUGUAUAGAAAUUAUGUAGAAUUGUUUAAUAGCAGUGUAUAGACAGAAAAAGCUGGUAAUUUUGUAUAGCAUAAAAAGAAAAGCCUGGUAGUUUUGUAAUGGUAAAGAUGCAAAGUAAGUUUUUUUCUUCACUUUGUUUAACGAAACAUUUGUAUGAACCAGUAUAAUAUAUUUUGUGAAUGUGUAAUGUUUAUACAUUUCACGAGUUAGAUAUGUUAGAAAUCAAGCAUUUACAAAACAGGCAUAGAAUACAAAUGAAUGUGUCCUAUAAUGUUUGCAUAAUUAGAAAAUGUCUGAUUUUUUUAAAAAAAUGGUAGCUGCUAGACAAGAGGAUCAGUCAUUUAAUUAUGUUUUAUUGUGUGCCUCCCACCCAGCCUUUUUUGAUAAAGAUUCAGAAUGCGUGUUUAGCGCAAAUGUUCUAGGGCUUUGUGCUGUAAAGCUUGUAUCAGUGUGAAGUCACCCACGGAUGAAAAUGGAGGAGCAAGAGCCCCUGAGACCUACCUUCAGGAAGGACUUGGAAAAAUCCUCUCACAUACUCCAGGCUGGGUAUGUUAAGGAGUUCCUGCAAAAGAGACCAGGAGAACAAAUUAAACAAGAACCAGCUGAAAGUUCCUUUCAGCAGUGGGAAGUCCAGUGGCAGGAGUUCCUCAGGACAGUAGACUUUCCUCAGUCCCAGUGGACAGUCCCACACUUGCCAGAGAAACAUUCACCCUGGGAGGAUGCCAAGGGCUUUCUGGCCUCCUUUGAACAGGUGGCUGAAGCCUGCCGGUGGCCCAAAGAAGACUGGGUGACCCGACUCCUGCCAGCCCUCAGCGGAGAAGCUGAGCAGGCUUUUAUCAAUAUGGGGGCCAGAGACAGAGAGGAUUAUGGGAAAGUGAAGGCAGCCAUCUUGCGUGGGGAUGCCAUCAGCAGGGAGAAGAUUCGUCGAAAUUUCAGACAUUUCUGCUACCAGGAAGCCGAGGGGCCAAGAGGGACAUAUAGCAGGCUCCAGGAACUUUGUGGUCGGUGGCUCAGAGUGGAGAAGCACAGCAAGGAGCAGAUCCUGGAGCUCUUGAUCCUGGAGCAGCUGCUGACCAUCCUGCCCCCAGAGAUCCAGAGCCAUGUGAGGGAAAGCGGCCCAGAGAGUUGCUCACAGGCAGUGGCCCUGGCUGAGGAAUUCCUCUCAAGGCAGAGAGAGGCCAAGACGCAGGAAAAACAGGUGCCCUUGGAGGAGGCAUCUGGGAGUGUCUCCAAGGCAGGCCAGGACCCAUCUGAAUGCGAGCAGAGGCAAUUCUGUAUGGAAACCAAGCAGGAAGAGGAUGGGGAUACAAGCUUGCUGGCCAAAACCUGGAUCUCCAGAUGUGACGGGGAGAUAUAUAUGCCAGACAGCUCAGAACAGGUGGGGCCAUGUGGAUCACUGAUGUGGAAAGAGAAGCAGGAUGUGUCUCAGGUACUCCACCCACUGGAGAAAACAGAGGAAGGACACAAGACUCCUAGGGACACCCCAGUUCAGCCUGAAAUUGAUGCUAGUAAGAACCAAAAUGUUGCUGGUGCUUUCGGGACAAGCUUCAGCCUGAAUCCCAGCUUUACAAAGACCCCUCAACCAGGAAGGAAAGUACAUAAAUGCCUGGUCUGUGGGAAAUGCUUUUUUUCCAGCUCAAACCUCAUUGUCCACCAGAGGACCCACACAGGAGUGAAACCCUAUAAGUGCCUGGAGUGUGGGAAGAGCUUCAACCGGAGCACCAAUCUUACUACUCAUCAGCGAAUUCACACAGGGGAGAAACCAUAUCAGUGUAUGGAGUGUGGAAAGAGUUUCAGCCGGAGCCACCAUCUUACUUCGCAUCAGAGAAUCCACACAGGGGAGCGACCUUAUAAAUGCUCAGAAUGCAGCAAGACAUUUUGCGACCAGUCAAGCUUUAUUAAGCACAAGAGAAUUCACACUGGGGAGAAACCCUAUAAAUGCUUGAAGUGUGGAAAGAGCUUCGGACAAAAUACAACCCUUGUUAAGCAUCAGAGAAUCCAUACUGGGACAAAAUCUUCCAUAUGAACCUUUCCCAUAUUGGUAGGUGGGUUUCUGAGGCUCAUGAGUUAAUUAAAGAAUCAGGGUCUUCUUGCCUA